AAACAAAAUACUUUGGCUGAGAAGAAGUAAGAGGAGACCGUUUCCUUGCUGCAGUGUAAUUAAGAAGAAGUCGCAAGUUGUCGCGUGUAAAAACGAUGUAAUAUAAUUGGGCUGACUUCGUGGCACAACUGUUAUUAAUCCAAUAAUCUCCGGGGUCGACGACUGGCUCCAUUUACGGAUAUCUUGUUCGCUAGCUGCUAGUUAACGUUAGCUAAACGGCUAAUCUCUCUACAUUGACGGUUUAGAGUUUACAUUAGCUACCGAUGCCUCAAGAGGGUGAGCAGUCUCUUCCCCUGGUUCGCUCCCUGAACAGCCGAAUACAGAUCAAUGCUUUGUUUUGUAACCGCACUCCCCGUGUGGUGCGACCACUAUGGAUAAAUUACCUCGGGAGGCCUCAUCCGUACGCAGACAUACAGCCAGGGAGGACAAGGAGAAUGACGACGUUCGUCGGCCACCCGUGGAUGUUCAGAGAUGCAGAGACUGAUGAGCCACUAAAGGUGAACUGCAAAGAACUGUUUCUUCCUAAACCAGCAGAGGGUGGAAAUGUUACUAUUGCUAGUAUCACUUUACCAGUUUACAGCCUCAAGGAUCGAGCUCUUCAAGUUAUUCGGUGUCUUGUGCAACCAGAAGACUACAGGAGGUUGGAAAUAGCGAGGUGUCUCCAUGAGGAGCUGGAGGAUCAGCCCAGUGUGCUGAAAGAUCUCCGCCGCAUGAACCAGCGGGUAGAGCAGCAUCUGCUGGAAAGAAUCCAAGGCCAGGAGGAAGAGGCAUGAAACUGGAUGGACAUAGAUCACUGUUGGACAGCAAAUCUGUACUGCAGAGUAUCAGAAAGACAAGACAAAGAUUUAAUGAAAAGUAAGAUAAAGUGUAUCUUGAAUGAGUCAGCAGCUGUUGCCAAGACGUCCCCAGAGAUCUUAUGUUUGCUGCAAAUAAGACUUGGUUUGAUUCACUGCCUGUUUGUCAUUUUCACUCACUGGCUUUAGAAAAUGUCUUCCUCAGCAGAAUUGUAUGUAGCUUUUUUCUUUCAGUAAGCAGGGUUUUUAUAUAAUGUGAAAACAGAAUGGGCUAUGAAAUAGUAUUAUCCUCUAAAAUGUUAUCUAAGGAAGGCUACUAGGGAAAUGGGGAAAUUUUAGCCUUUAAUGCCUGUCUGUUCAUAUAAACACGACCUAUCAUACAUUCACUUCCUAAUCCUGAAAUCCUGUUCAAUCAUUUGCACAAGACAGAACUUAAAAGAAUAUUUGUCAUGGAAACAGUGAAGCAGUAUUACAGUUGAAUUUCUGUCCUGAAUACUUCCAUUCAUAAAGGAAACUAAAUAAAAGUGUAUAGUUAUAUUAGACAGGAUUUUCAGGGAGAUGCACUCUGUUACUAUAUUUUUACUGUAUCCAUAAUAUUCUUGUAAGGAAUACCAAAUAGUGCCAUCUUAUUGCAACAGUCCCCUCAGAAAACAACAUUUUACCUUGUUAUCCUAGCUGUUAACCUUCAUCAAUCUUUAGCUUUGGCACUUUAAAUCUGGAAAAAUAUGGAGUGAUUAUUGUUUUCCAAGUUAGACUAUUCUGAUAAAUGCAGACUUUUUGUCAGAAUAUACCAAUGACCAGAGUCUCUUCAAAAAAGUUUUAUCUUGCAGCUAUUUUCCAAUAGGGAAAACAAAGUCAUUAUGGUUUUGAAGAUUAGAUUGUGACUGAGGCGAUUAUACUUUUAUUUUGACUACUUUGUAAUUCUUAUCCUUUUAUGUUCUUGUCUUAAAUUCAUACUAUGCUGCUGUAUUUCUGAUUCUUUAAUUGUUCAUAUUCCAGAAUAAAUGAAAGAUAUAUUUCUUACUGGUUGAAA